UUCUUCUCUUGGAAAUAGUAGGAAAGAAAAGAAUCAAGACAGUACAAAUGUAUUUGUGUAGGGGAACUAUUCUGCUUAAAUAUUUUACAUUAAUCCUUUUAAUCAUCUUUCUGCAAACAUGCAAUGCUAGGAAGAGCAAACCCUACUACUGUCCUUCUUCUGCUUGUGGCCAUAUCCGUAACAUAAGCUACCCUUUUCGCUUAAACACUGAUCCAGAACAUUGCAGAUAUGGUCUAGCAUUUGAGUUAGCUUGUGAAAGUAACCAAACAGUCAUAUGGUUAUUCUCCAAGAAAUUUUACGUUCAAGCCAUCAACUAAUAAUCAGACAAUUCACCUGGUAGAUCCAACUUUACAAACACAAGAUGAUCUAUGCUCUUUCAAACCUCAGCAUAACUUGUUCAACAAAGCCAAUACAAUCUUCCACUCAUACUAUGUAGCAGAUCCCAUUUUCAUGAUCAACUGUCCAUUUGCUGUUAAUAAUUAUUCGACAUUUGUGGAAAUUAUUGGCUGCAAUUUAAGCAGACACACUUAUUUAAAGAUUGGAGUCAUAGAUGCCUCUGCACUCAGCGAUGGAUGCAGAGUGGAAUUUAUAGGCUGGACCUCAUGGCCUAAUAUUAUUUAUACAGAGAACAACAUUUCCCUUUCUGAUUUUCAUCAUGCUAUCCUCUACGGAUUUGAGCUUCGUUAUUAUCUGCGGAGUUCUCCACAAAGGAUAAGUAAGGUUUUAUUGAAUAUGUUCUCGGUGUUCUUCAAUGGAUUCACUGUGAGAACUCAAACUUUUGUCUACAUAUACUUUUAAUUCUCCAUUGAUAUCUCAUUCUAAAUUUUUUGCACUUUAAUCUAACCAGGGACCAGUCUAGUGCUACUUCAGCUCAUCUUGAGUAAGCUCCUAUAUAUCCCUUUAUUUGGCUGGACACAGAUCAACAUUCCA